CACCCGCGCAGCGCCCGCGAGUGGGCCAGCCGUCGCGCCGCAGCCGUUAGACCUGCCGCCGUGAUGAGUCCGCGAUACAUGGCAUUCAGGUCAGUCACUGUCGCUGUGCGGACGCGCGGAUCGUUGUGCGAGCGCGAGUGCGAGCGCGCCUACCUCGGUCGUCACUAACACUACCACAGAAUUUUUUGUUGCGUUUUGUUUAGCCUUUACCGACUUCGGGCUGAGUGCUAAUACUAAAAAAAAUUAAAUAAGUGCUCUGUUUCUAAACCAAUUUAAGCUCCUCUCUUUAUGCCAAUACAUUUUGUUACAAGGUGACGUAGAACAACUGUGCCGGUGUGAUAACAGAAAAUGAUGUGAUUUUGUGCUGUGUUUAUGUUUGCAAUGUGCAGUUUAGUGUAGACGUGGGUGGUGAACGAUGGGGUACGCAUCUAAUGGCGCGGGCCGGGCGGCCAAUGAGGCCUUGCUGGCCCGACAGGAUGCCGAGCUUAGGCUCAUGGAAGCUAUGAAAAGAAGUCUUCAGGCUAAAAUGAAAAGCGAUAGGGAAUAUGCCUUAGCUCUAUCUGCGGCUGCCGCUCAGGGCCAGAAGAUGGAUAAAUGCGAGGAACUAAAUGGCUCGGUGAUCGCAUCUGCCUGGCGCACGAUGACAGAGGAGUGGGAGAACACGAGUCGGCUGAUCAGGGCCAACGCUGAAGCCCUGGAGUCACGGGCCCUGGACCGCCUGGCCGCUCUCAUGACUGAGCGACGGAAAUCACGCAAGGCGUAUCAGGAGGAUCAUACUAAAAUAUCGUCGCAGUUUACUCAGUUAUCGGAGGAGGUGACUAGGAAGCAGAGCGAGUACCAGAAAUGUUUGGAGUCGUACAAACAGAUGAGGACCAAGUUCGAGGAGAAUUACCUUAAAUGUCCGACAAGUCGAGGCGGUCGGAAGCUGGACGAGACGAGAGACAAGUACGGUAAAGCGUGCAGGAGGCUGCACAGGGCUCACAAUGAGUACGUGCUCCUCUUGGCGGAGGCGACAGAGUGCGAGCGAGCGCUGAGGACCGCAGCGCUCCCGGCCUUGUUGGACCAGCAGCGGCGCCAGGGAGAAGCUACUGCUACUUCAUGGAAAGGGAUUCUUCUAGAAGUGGUACAGCGGUCGGACUUCAGCACGGAAAAGUUCAGAGAAAUCCAGACAAAAGUAGAGACCACUAUACAAAACCUAAGACCUCAAGACGAAUACAAGGAGUUUAUAGAAAAGUACAAAACUCCCCCAUCAACGCCAGUGCUAUUUACAUUCGACGAGAGUCUCGUAGAAGAUACGAGCGGCAAGUUGCAACCGAACCAGUUGACUGUGGACAAUCUCACUGUGGAAUGGUUGAAAGAGAAGUUAACGGAACUAGAAUCAACCCUGCAGGACAACAGGGAAAAGCAAACAGCACUCCAAGGUCCGGAGAUCAUCGGGAACGGAGUGUGCAAGAACAAUAAUAUUGGACUCACCAAUGGAGUUAAUGGAAUCGACAGGCAUUCGCCACCACCUAUACCAGUGACGACCUCAGAGCCGGUCAAACUGCUAGAGCUCCGUGUGGCGGAGCGGAAAUGUGCCAAACAAGCAGAGAUGAUUCGUUCAGCGUUAGCCGAACUUGGCUGUGAGGAGGCCCCCAGUGGCUGUCCGGACUUGUCUGCCGAGACUGUUGGAGUAGACAGCCUGGACGGUAGCUCGCCUGAUCACCAGGAUCGUUCAUCGUUCGAUUCGAAGGUAUCAGUGGACGCGUUACGAUUGCACCUCCACUCGAUCAUACCGCCGAAGCCGUUCUUCAGAAUAUUCACGCGACCAUUCCGACGUAAAUCUGCACCCUCCAGUCCAGCAUUACCGCCAAAAACCUACAGGAGUAGCAGCGAAGGCCCCGUAGACACGGUAAGCGUAAGCGAGACCGAGCGCUCCCUGGUAGAACAAGAAUGGUUCCAUGGAGUACUCCCCCGGGAAGAGGUAGUCAGGUUGUUGAGAUCUGAUGGUGAUUAUCUGGUGCGGGAGACCACGAGGAACCACGCUAGGCAGCUGGUGCUGUCUGUGUGUUGGGGACAGCAUAAACAUUUCAUAGUGCAGACUACGCCUGAGGGUCACUACCGUUUCGAAGGCGCCGCAUUCCCGUCCGUGGCGGAGCUGAUCGCGUGGCAGCGCGCGAGCGGCGUGCCCGUCACCGCGCGCUCCGGCGCGCUGCUGCGGAGGGCCGUGCCGAGGGAGAACUGGGAGCUUAACAACGACGACGUGCAGCUGCUCGAUAAGAUUGGACGGGGCAACUUUGGCGACGUAUACAAAGCGAGACUCAAGACUACUAGUCAAGAGGUGGCAGUGAAGACCUGCAGGGUAGCUCUGCCGGAAGAACAGAAGCGCACGUUCCUGCAAGAAGGAAGGAUCCUGAAGCAGUACCAACAUCCCAACAUCGUACGACUCAUCGGCAUUGCAGUGCAGAAACAACCUAUCAUGAUUGUCAUGGAACUUGUGUCUGGAGGGUCUCUCUUAACAUUCCUCCGCACCAGGGCAUCGAACCUAAACUCUCGGACGCUCAUGGCGAUGUGUCGCGACGCGGCGGCGGGCAUGCGUUACCUCGAGUCCAAGAACUGCAUCCAUCGAGACUUGGCCGCGAGGAACUGUCUCGUCGGUGAUGAUAAUAUUGUCAAGAUAUCUGACUUCGGCAUGUCGAGGGAGGAAGAGGAGUACAUAGUGUCGGGAGGGAUGAAGCAAAUACCGAUCAAGUGGACGGCGCCUGAGGCUCUUAACUUUGGCAAGUACACGUCAUUAUGUGACGUAUGGAGCUACGGCGUGCUAAUGUGGGAGAUAUUUUCCAAGGGCGACACUCCGUACGCGGGCAUGAGCAACUCGCGGGCCAGAGAGAAGAUUGAUACAGGGUAUCGAAUGCCGGCUCCAGAAAGCUGUCCUGAAGAUGUGUAUGCUUUGAUGCUGCGGUGUUGGGAAUAUGAGCCUGAGAAACGACCACAUUUCCAUCAGAUAUACACCAUCAUAGACAGCAUAUACAACAGAUAACAUUCAAAUAUAAUAUUACGUAUGGAAAAUUGGCCGCUGCAGUGCAGUUACGGACUUAAGUAAUGGGGGUCAUAAUGUCUGUCAUUCCGAGUUUUAAAUCUUGGAAUACCACGCAUACGCAAGGAAAGCCGUUUAUUUCUAUAAUAAAAAUUCCAGAUAUAUUUAUUGGUCUGAUUAUGGAGUGUCAUAGAUGGAAAUAUAUUUUAUUGCGAAAAUGAUUUUUAAAAAUUUAUUACGUUUUUGAUAACAAUUGUCUGUUUAUAAUAUUUGACACAUAAAAAACGUGUUAUAUGAUAUAUUUGAAUUUUCUUUGUACGGUCGACUGAAAAUUGUGUUACGAUUAUUACAAGUUAAGCUUUAUAUGUAUUAUAUUUGAUAUUUACUCAUUUUCCAUUAAUUCAAUAACUCGUAUACUGUAUUAUAUGUAGUAUUAAGUUUUAUAUGUUCAGUAUAUACUUAUGUUCGGUAGCUAAUAGAUUUAAGAAGGCAGUUAAUGAAAACGUUGUUUAAAUAAGACUUUACCGUCGCUAAAUAUCGUUUUGUAAAAUGUAGUGUAUCGAUUGGCAAUGUAUUUUGUAUUGUGGAGAUGUUUCACGUAAAAGCGUUGAUCUCUUUCAAAUGGUACUAUUGUAAGCGAAUGUAUUGUAGUUAUAAGUACAUUACCAUACCACAUGAUUGUGUAAUAUUGUGUUAGAUAAGACCAUAUUUCAUACCAAUAGGGUAAUAAAUCACUUAAUUCCGUGCCUGAACGAUGAUUUAUAAAAUACUGUUAGAAAAAAGUGAAGGCAAUAUAUGUUAUAUUUUUGUGAAAGUACAACGUUAAAGUAUGGGAUAUAAUAUAAUUUUAAGACAUAUAAUGUAGUCUCUGUAAACGAAGACAAUAAUGUCCUACAUCGAUAAUUGUUGUAUUGACAAAUCUGUAUUGUUACUUUAAUUGAAAUAUUGCAGUAAAAUCUUGCAUUUAUCUCUCCAUAAACGUAUUGGUUAAGAAUGUUUUCAACAUUGUCGAAACGUGUUUUGUAUAUUAAAUAUAGUCGAUGUAUUUGUGAUGCGUCUGUGCUUCCAAUAACAUUAUAAUGUUACGUUAGUUUUGUAGUUCUUGCCUAGAAUAAGUAUAUAAAGAUCAUGUAACACAAAGUGAGAUAUAAACCUUAUGGAUAAGUAAAUAGACGCCAAUUCCAGAAGUACUACAUUGUGAAUUUAUAUACAGUAGGUAAAGUAAAAAAGUACGUUUGAUAUCAUAAAAUUACGGUUUGUAAUUUUCUAUCGACAUUAAUUUGACUGCUAUAGGUGUAUUUCCAGAUGAAAUAAUAUUUGUGCAAAUUUUUCUAAAGUAGGUAACUUAAAAAUUAUUACUUGAAGGAGUUGCUGGAGGCAGCUGAAACCAUUUUCACGUAUCUAGUAUUUUUUGAAUUGACGACCUAAUAAUUUAGUAUUUUCUAUAAAUCUAUGACAAAAUAUUGUAUUGUAUAUAUUUUUUCAUACAUAUUAAAGUGCCAGACAUUUUGGGUUCAAUA